AUGUCUUCAGUAGUACCUGCAUUGAGCUUCGAGCAAGAGACGUAUUUGUUGAAGCUCCUUCCUGAACCUGCCCAACUUCACCUGCUCAACAAGGGUAGCCACCAUAGGUUCUACAUGCAUACGUUGAGAUCUAAAUUUGACAAAGAAGGAAGAUUUGUUGUAAUAUUGUAUUUCAAAUCUGGGGAUGUAAUGAGUAAAUCGUCUGAGAUUUACUCAUUUGCCUUCGAAAUAAACCAUCAAGAAGUAACACACUUCCCUGUUCUGGAUUACUCUAAGGCGACACAUUUUUCAAUCUCUUGUUCUAAUGGUUGCUUGAAGUUUGGGGAAUGUCUAAUGUUGUACACCAAGAAUAGAGAAAUGUGCGUGAAAUCGUUGGAUAUGAUAUAUCACCAGAGUUGGCAGGGGCCGCAGUACCUGGAUGUUGAGCUGUAUCGAGUUGGAAGUAAAUAUAUUUCUUGUACUGUUAAUUGUUCUGAUUAUGCACUAUUCAUUUUAUAUUCAAGGUGCUUGGAGGGAGCUGUCAUGAACUGAGGAAUAGGUCACAUUGUGAAUUAAUUUACGGAAUUCAUCAGGAGUAUCACACAUUAACUUUCAGCAGUCUGCUUCUGCUAUGACUGUACUUGGUAGUCUAGAAACACUAUUUGAAGGUUGUCUGAUGCAGACCUGGGUUCAAAUACUAUUUAAAGUUUUUUCAAUUACUUAAACAUAGGCUACAUUUCAAAGUACGUUUUAGGACAAAUUUUCUUUGGAAAAAUACAAGCUUGGAAAUGUAUUUGGAAAUACACUUGGAAAGUAUUGUAAUGUAUUUGAAAAUACUCAUACAUUGACAAGUGUAUUUUCAAAGACACAUUUGUAGUUGAACCCGGGUAUGUUUGGUGGUAGGGGUAUUUGAAAUAUAUUUGGAAACAAGUAGCCUAUUUGAAAAUAGAUUCAAAUAGUAAUUAUAGGAAAUUAUUUGCAAAUACUUUCAAAUACUACAAAUAUAAUUAGUUGAUUCGACCAAAUUAUUUGCAAAUACAUAGACAAUAAGUAAUUAAAAUACAAAUACUUAAAUAAGCAUGUCUUUGAACUAGGGCUGUCCCCAAAAAAUUAUAUCAAGAUAAUCGCAGGUUUUGCUGUGAUUUAAUCUUGAUUAAUGGUAAAUACCGUAUUUGCUCAAAUUGAUCUGUUAUUUAUACUGACAUCUUGAUGUUGUCUAAAGUAACAUUUACCAAAUUAGGUAAAUUGAGAAAGCACACCCCCUUUAACCUCAAUGUCAACUUGUUUUUACAUGGCAUUGUUGAUUUGAGCUGUAUAGAUUAUCUAUUUUGGAGGUUUAGAGUAUUUCCAAUGCUUUCAGACAAUUAAGAUUGCACUUAAUUACAAAAUGUUAACUCGAGUUAUAUGAUUAACUCUGACAGCACUUAAUUGAACCCAGUUCUGGUCUGAUGUAAUAGUAUGUCUAUUUCUGUGCUAUUCCAUUUCACCAGAGGGAGAGGGUCACUGAGGAAGAAUCUGGUCUCCUUCAAACCGGCCUGCCAGUCUCUGAACCGGGUCAGGGUUCUGCUGAUGGGUCCUGCUGGGUCAGGAAAAUCCAGCUUCAUCAACUCUGUCAGAUCUGUGAUGUUCGGAAGAGUCCUUCUCCUGCCUUUUAUUGGAACUGCAACAAAGGGCUUCAUCAAGAAGGUAUAGCGUAAAGAAUCUGUAAGAAGGAGUAUUUAGCAUGAUACAUACAGUGCCUAGUGAAGGUCUACACACCCCUUGCACAGUCUUCACAUUUUACUGCCUUAAAAUGUAAUCUAAAAAGGGAUCAAAUCUUUUUUUUCCUGUCGAUCUACACAACCUAGUCCACAUUUUUAUACUGAACUAAAAUAUAAAAAGUGUUUAUCCCACGUUUCAUUAGCUGAAAUAAAAUAUCUCAGAAAUGUUCCAUACGCACAAAAAGCUGAUAUCUCUCAAAUGUUGUGUACAAAUUUGUUUACAUCCCUGUCAGCGAGCAUUUCUCCUUUGCCAAGAAAAUCCAUCUACCUGAAAGAUGUGGCAUAUCAAGAAGCUGAUUAAACAGCAUGAUCAUUAAACAGGUGCAACUUGUGCUUGGGACAAUAAAAGGCCACUCUAAAAUGUGCAGUUUUGUCCCACAACACAAUGCCACAGAUGUCUCAAGUUUUGAGGGAGCAUGCAAUUGGAAUGCUGACUGCAUGAAUGUCCACCAGAGCUGUUGGCAGAUAAUUUAAUGUUCAUUUCUCUACCAUAAACCGCCUCAAUCGUUGUUUUAGAGAAUUUGGUAUUAUGUCCAACCGGCCUCACAACCGCCGACCACUUAUAACCACGCCAGCCCAGGACCUCCACAUCUGGCUUGUUCACCUGCGGGAUGGUCUGAGACCAGCCUCCCAGAUAGUUGAUGAAACUGAGGAGUAUUUCUGUCUGUAAUAAAGCCCUUUUUUGGGGAAAAACUGAUUCUGACUGGCUGGGCCUGGCUCCCCAGUGGGCGUGCCUGGCUCCCCAGGGGGUGUGCCUGGCCCCCAAGUGGGUGGGCCUAUGCCCUCCCAGGCCCACCCAUGGCUGCGCCCCUGCCCAUUAAUGUGAAAUCCAUAGAUUAGGGCCUAAUUUCAUUUAUUUCAAUUGACUGAUUUCCUUAUAUGAACUGUAACUCACUAAAAUCGUUAAUUGUUUCAUGUUACGUUUAUAUUUUUGUUCAUUAUAAUUUCCCAAAUUACUAAGAAAUGCAAAAUGAGGAUGCAUUGAUUGCUUAUGUCUUCACACCCCAGAGUUAAUACUUGGUGGAAGCACCUUUGGCAGCCUUUACAUCUGUGAAUCAUUACAUCAACCUUGUAGUGGCAUCAUGUUAUGGGUAUGCUUGUCAUCUGCAGGGACUGGGGAGUUUGUCAGAAUCAAAAGAAAUAUGAAAGAAUCAAAGCCCAGGUAAAAAGUUCAAGGAACACCUGCCAUUGUCUUCUGAAAACCUAACCCUGGGAUAGUUUUAUUUUCAGCGAGACACAUAUUGGCUUUCCAAGAGGUGGUGAGUGUUCGUGAGUGGUCUAGUCUCAGUCCUGACUUAAAUUUGCUUGACAAUCAGAGAAAAAGUUUGCAUAUUGCUGUCCAUCAAUGAUUCCCAACCAAAUUCACUGAGCUUGAGCAAUUUUGACAAAAACAAUGGACAUACAGUGCCUUCAGAAAGUAUUCAUACCCCUUGACUUAUUCCAUAUUUUGUUGUGUUACAGCCUAAAUUUAAAAUUGAUUAACUGUAUUUCUUUCUCCCCCAUCUACACACGCAUUGAAAACAUGUUUUUAGACAUUUUUGCUAAUUUAUUGAAAAUGAAAUUCAGAAAUAUUAAAUUUACAUAAGUAUUCAGACCCAUUACUCAGUACUUUGUUGAAGCACCUUUGGCAGCGAUUACAGCCUCGAGUCUUCUUGGGUAUGAUGCUGCAAGCUUGGCACACCUGUAUUUGGGGAGCUUCUCCCAUUCUUCUCUGCAGAUCCUCUCAAGCUCUGUCAGGUUGGAUGGGGAGCGUCACUGCACAGCUAUUUUCAGGUCUCCAGAGAUGUUCGAUCGGGUUCAAGUCCGGCUCUGGCUGGGCCUCAAGGACAUUCAGAGACUUGUCCCAAAAUUACUCCUGCGUUGUCUUGGCUGUGUGCUUAGGGCCGUUGUCCUGUUGGAAGGUGAACCUUCACCCCAGUCAGGUCAUGAGUGCUCUGGAGCAGGUUUUCAUCAAGUAGCUCUCUGUACUUUGCUCCGUUCAUCUUUCCCUCGAUCCUGACUAGUCUCCCAGUCCCUGCCACUGAAAAACAUCCCCACAGCAUGAUGCUGCCACCACAUGCUUCAGGGAUGGUGCCUGGUUUCCUCUAGACGUGAAGCUUGGCAUUCAGACCAAAGAGUUCAAUCUUGGUUUCAUCAGACCAGAUAAUCUUGUCUCUCAUUGUCUGAGAGUCCUUUAGGUGGCUUUUGGCAAACUCCAAGAGGGACCUUACAAUUAUCUGUAUGUGUGGGGUACAGAGAUGAGGUAGUCAUUAAAAAAGUAUGUUAAACACUAUUAUUGCACACAGAGUGAGUCCAUGCAACAUGUUACUUGUUAAGCACAUUUUUAUUCCUGAACUUAUUUAGGCUUGCAUUACAAAGGGGUUACAUACUUAUUGAUUCAAGACAUUUCAGCUUUUCAUUUUUUAUGAAUUAGUAAACAUUUCUAAAAACAUAAUUCCACUUUUACAUUACGGGGGAUUGUGUGUGUAAAUUCAGGCUGUAACACAACAACAUGUGGGGAAAAGUCAAGGGGUGUGAAUACGUUCUGAAGGCACUGUAUGUUGCCCUAAGAGUUGUGCAAAGUUGUUAGAAUAUUAUUCAAAAUGAUUUACAGCUGUAAUGGCUGCCAAAUGUGCUCCCACCAAGUAUUAACUCUAAGGUGUGAAGACACAAUUGAGACAACUUCAUUCUUUUAUUUUGAAUUAAUUUUGAAAAAUGUCUAACUUUCACUUUGAAAAUAUGGUAUAGGUUGUGUACAUCUGUAGGGAAAAAAAUCUAAUUGAAUCCCCUUUAAUAUUACAUUUUAAGGCAGCAAAAUGUGAAGACUGUGCAAGGGGUGUGUAGACUUUCACUAGCAACGUUAAGAUACUGUAGAUAAUGCCUUGACUGAGAUAGAAAUCCAAGGAGUAUAAUUUGUAACAGACAGAGACAUUCUUGAUGCUUGGGAACAUCUGGACUGCCAUAUCAAUGUGUUUAUGAGUGUGAGGACUCGACCUGAGGGUGGGUGGUGGGAGGGAAUGGGUGUUCUGUAUGUCUGUCUCUUUAGCAGUCGUCUGAGUUUGUCUAAAGAACUUACUCGCAAAACACUGUCUCCUCUCUCUUAUCUACCAGCUGAAGUCGUAUGACAUCCGGUCAGAGAGCGGGGGGAAGCCCACAGCUCUGACCCUGUGUGAUGUGUUGGCUCUGGGGGACGGUGAGACGACUGGCCUGACCCUCACAGACUUACUGGCUGUUAUCAAGGGACACGCUCCCGAGGGACAUGAUGUAUAGUAUUACCUUUCCAAAUGUAGCAUUACGAUCAAGAUGUUCAAACCCCUCAGUCUUACUGAGGAUAAAUAUCAGAAGAGAUGGGCCUAUAUUGCUUGCUAUGCUCUUGUCCACAUUUGACACAUGCAAACUUGUUGGCCUACUUUUUUAAUGUAUUUUAUUGUUAUAACCAACUUUGAUAUAUAUAUAUAUAUACAGUGGGGAGAACAAGUAUUUGAUACACUGCCGAUUUUGCAGGUUUUCCUACUUACAAAGCAUGUAGAGGUCUGUAAUUUUUAUCAUAGGUACACUUCAACUGUGAGAGACAGAAUCUAAAACAAAAAUCCAGAAAAUCACAUUGUAUGAUUUUUAAGUAAUUAAUUUGCAUUUUAUUGCAUGACAUAAGUAUUUGAUCACCUACCAGUAAGAAUUCCGGCUCUCACAGACAGGUUAGUUUUUCUUUAAGAAGCCCUCCUGUUCUCCACUCAUUACCUGUAUUAACUGCACCUGUUUGAACUCGUUACCUGUAUAAAAGACACCUGUCCACACACUCAAUCAAAGAGACUCCAACCUCUCCACAAUGGCCAAGACCAGAGGGCUGUGUAAGGACAUCAGGGAUAAAAUUAUAGACCUGCACAAGGCUGGGAUGGGCUACAGGACAAUAGGCAAGCAGCUUGGUGAGAAGGUAACAACUGUUGGUGCAAUUAUUAGAAAAUGGAAGAAGUUCAAGAUGACGGUCAAUCACCCUCAGUCUGGGGCUCCAUGCAAGAUCUCACCUCGUGGGGCAUCAAUGAUCAUGAGGAAGGUGAGGGAUCAGCCCAGAACUACACGGCAGGACCUUGUCAAUGACCUGAAGAGAGCUGGGACCACAGUCUCAAAGAAAACCAUUAGUAACACACUAUGCCUUCAUGGAUUAAAAUCCUGCAGCACACGCAAGGUCCACCUGCUCAAGCCAGCGCAUGUCCAGGCCCAUCUUAAGUUUGCCAAUGACCAUCUGGAUGAUCCAAAGGAGGAAUGGGAGUAGGUCAUGUGGUCUGAUGAGACAAAAAUAGAGCUUUUUGGUCUAAACUCCACUCGCCAUGUUUGGAGGAAGAAGAAGGAUGAGUACAACCCCAAGAGCACCAUCCCGACCGUGAAGCAUGGAGGUGGAAACAUCAUUCUUUGGGGAUGCUUUUCUGCAAAGGGGACAGGACGACUGCACCGUAUUGAGGGGAGGAUGGAUGGGGCCAUGUAUCGCGAGAUCUUGGCCAACAACCUCCUUCCCUCAGUAAGAGCAUUGAAGAUGGGUCGUGGCUGGGUCUUCCAGCAUGACAACGACCCGAAACACACAGCCAGGGCAACUAAGGAGUGGCUCCGUAAGAAGCAUCUCAAGGUCCUGGAGUGGCCUAGCCAGUCUCCAGACCUGAACCCAAUAGAAAAUCUUUGGAAGGAGCUGAAAGUCCGUAUUGCCCAGCGACAGCCCCGAAACCUGAAGGAUCUGGAGAAGGUCUGUAUGGAGGAGUGGGCCAAAAUCCCUGCUGCAGUGUGUGCAAACCUGGUCAAGACCUACAGGAAACGUAUGAUCUCUGUAAUUGCAAACAAAGGUUUCUGUACCAAAUAUUAAGUUCUGCUUUUCUGAUGUAUCAAAUACUUAUGUCAUGCAAUAAAAUGCAAAUUAAUUACUUGAAAAUCAUACAAUGUGAUUUUCUGGAUUUUUGUUUUAGAUUCCACCUCUCACAGUUGAAGUGUACCUAUGAUAAAAAUUACAGACCUCUACAUGCUUUGUAAAUAGGAAAACCUGCAAAAUCGGCAAUGUAUCAAAUACUUGUUCUCCCCACUGUAUAUAUAUAUAUACACAGUGAGGGGAAAAAGUAUUUGAUCCCCUGCUGAUUUUGUACGUUUUCCCACAGACAAAGAAAUUAUCAGUCUAUAAUUUUAAUGGUUGGUUUAUUUGAACAGUGAGAGACAGAAUAACAACAACAAAAAUCCAGAAAAACGCAUGUCAAAAAUGUUAUUAAUUGAUUUGUAUAUUUGACGGUACAUGGCCCCGUCCAUCGUCCCUUUGAUGCGGUGAAGUUGUCCUGUCCCUUUGGCAGAAAACACCCCCAAAGCAUAAUGUUUCCACCUCAAUGUUUGACUGUGGGGAUGGUGUUCUUGGGGUCAUAGGCAGCAUUCCUCCUCCUCCAAACACGGCGAGUUGUCAUUGGCAAACUUCAGACAGGCCUGUAUAUGUGCUUUCUUGAGCAGGGGGACCUUGCGGGCACUGCAGGAUUUCAGUCCUACACGGCGUAGUAUGUUACCAAUUGUUUUCUUGGUGACUAUGGUCCCAGCUGUCUUGAGAUCAUUGACAAGAUCCUCCCGUGUAGUUCUGGGCUGAUUCCUCACCGUUCUCAUGAUCAUUGCAACUCCACGAGGUGAGAUCUUGCAUGGAGCCCCAGGCCAAGGGAGAUUGACAGUUAUUUUGUGUUUCUUCCAUUUGCGAAUAAUCGCACCAACUGUUGUCACCUUCUCACCAAGCUGCUUGGCGAUGGUCUUGUAGCCCAUUCCAGCCUUGUGUAGGUCUACAAUCUUGUCCCUGACAUCCUUGGAGAGCUCUUUGGUCUUGGCCAUGGUGGAGAGUUUGGAAUCUGAUUGAUUGAUUGCUUCUGUGGACAGGUGUCUUUUAUACAGGUAACAAACUGAGAUUAGGAGCACUCCCUUUAAGAGUGUGCUCCUAAUCUCAGCUCGUUACCUGUAUAAAAGACACCUGUGAGACAGAAAUCUUUCUGAUUGAGAGGGGGUCAAAUACUUAUUUCCCUCAUUAAUAGGCAAAUACAUUUAUAACAUUUUUGACAUUCGUUUUUCUGGAUUUUUUUUGUUGUCAUUCUGUCUCUCACUGUUCAAAUAAACCUACCAUUAAAAUGAUAGACUGAUCAUUUCUUUGUCAGAGGGCAAACGUACAAAAUCAGCAGGGGAUCAAAUACUUUUUUCCCUCACUGUAUAUAUACUAAUGUACAGUAUCUGUUUUGUUUGCUUCUCAUCAAUAAAAUGAUUCCCCAACACAAUAGUUUCAAAGUUAUGCGCCCAUCAAAGCUGACGCUUUGAACACACCGACUGCGUCAUUGCGUUUUGGUACACCAGAAGUACAUUAAUUUCCAAUGGAACGCUGCGUUUGCCUUGCAGCAUUGCAUUGCAGAGGCAGUUGCAGUGCAUUCUGUGUGGUGCAUACUUUGGAUUUAUCGAACAUAUUUGUCAAACUGUAUUCUUAAACGGGUUGACAGAAAUGGUAGCAGAAGGUGAAUGUUGAACUUUUGUUGCACACAUAUCUAGAUGAUGCUGCAUACUAUUUUGCGCAACGACUCAGUCGGCGUGUUCAAAGCGUGAGACCAGGUUACAGACCUGAUCCAUCGAUAAAUGACCAAAUCCAUUGUGCGAUGUUCGUUCUGAAUGCCUGCCAAAUCAUGUUCCCCAGUGAGGACCUUACAGAGACACUGAGGACACUUCAAGCUGAGAUCGCAUAUCUGGGUGAGCUCAUCCCAAAACUUCAGAGAGCAAUUUUGAUAUCAGUUGAUCAUAGAUAUACCUAACUGAUUUCUCUCUCUCUCUCUCACACUCCUUCACACACACACACACACACACACACACACACACACACACACACACACGACACCAUCCUCUCCAGACAUCCCCCAGGUGGUUCUGUUGACCCAUGUGGACAAGGUGUGUCAUGCCGUCCAAGAGGAUGUGACGUUUGUCUACUCUAUACGAAUCCUACAGGAGAAUGGUAGGUUAAAUAAUUCAAAUGUUUUAAUCAAUUUAGAUUCACUCUAUAAUAUGAUGAAACAGUAUUUUUAAAGUUUUAUUUGCAAUCUAUUUUCUAUCUAUCAUAUGUUCUGCUAUGCCACAGUUGCAGAAGUCAGCAGAGGUGGUGGUUUUGCCAGUGUCCUAUGUGCUUCCAGUAAAGAACCUCCACAUUUGCAGAAUUCCACCAUAAGCCCAGUAACCUUUUAA